AAUGAAAGAGGAAAGAGAAUAUUGGGAUUUCGAAAGACGUCGACGCUCAUCAACUAAAAGAAAGGUUGCAGAAUUAGAAGUGCCUGAUGGAUGGUCUACAGUCUGGUAUAAUUUCACUCAGACAACAACUUUACACGGUAUUAAUAAAGUUACAGAGAGUACACCAUUCAUAUGGAGAAGGAUAAUAUGGCUGAUUAUAGUUCUUGCUGGAUUAACAGUUUUUGGUUAUCAGAUGUUCAACUCUAUUCAAUAUUACUUCAAUCGACCAGUAACUGUAAACAUAGCCAUUAACUAUAACGAGAGUAUAAGGUUUCCUUCCGUGACACUUUGCAAUCAAAACGUUUUCCGUAUGACGGCGGCUGCUAAACACAAGUUAUAUCCCUUAAUAGACGCUCUCUAUACUGCAAAUACGAAAGCUAUAAAUUUCACAGAUUAUCAACUCAAUCUAACUCUUGUUGACUUAUACAAAAAGACAGCUCAUAGGAAAGAAGAUAUGAUAACCGAAUGCAGAUGGGAUAGUGAACCAUGCAGUCUGGCCGACUUCGUUGAAGUCUAUACUGAUCAUGGUGUGUGUUUCACAUUCAAUAAGGCAAAAUCCGCGGCCGUUAGAUAUAUUAAUUCAACCGGAGCUAGAAGAGGGUUAUCUGUAAAGGUUAAUUUGGAGCAAUAUGAAUAUAUGAAAGGUCCGAAUAAUGCUGCUGGACUAAAAAUUCUUGUUCACGACCAAGACGAAGUUCCUCUUGUAAGAGAAUUGGGACAGGCUAUACCUCCUUCCUCAAGAGCUUUAGUGGGUCUUAAGAUAACGCAAGUGAAUAACUUAAAGUAUCCUUAUGGAAAGUGCAACGACAGUGAAUAUUUGCGGUUUUAUAAAUCAUACUCCAUUCCUGCUUGUAAAGUUGAAUGUAAAUUAAAGCAUGUUGUAGAAGAUUGUAAAUGUCGUGAAGCUUAUAUGCCGCAUGUUAGGUCUAGGGAAAACUUUCCAAGAGUCUGCACAUUAAAUGAGACGAGACACUGUGUAAUGGCAGCACUUAAGAAAAAGUAUGCAUGCAAUUGCGCAACAUCUUGCCAAAAAAGGAUGUUUGAAGCUAGUAUUUCUUAUUCGACAACGUCUGAAUUUGAUACAGAUAGAAUAUUGCAUAGUGAACAAAUACACGAUCUGCAGAAAAAGUUUAUAAUGGCUAGAGAGGUUGCGCAAAAAGUUAAAUCCUACAUAAGAAUUAAGGACGAAGAGGCAGUUUAUCGAGUAAAUGAGACGGCUAAGCGCUUACAAACAGCGUUUGGGCGAAUAGAUGGGGUUCUGAUGCAUUUGUACGAAUUUGUCGAGAGAAAAAGGUCAGAGCACUUGUGCAGAAAUGAAUUUCAUCGAAACGUCGCACUAUACACAGCCGAUAGGCUCACUACCACAGAGUUUAUUGUUUCUUGGAAUAGUUUUGCCGAAGGUCUCCUUGUACCAGUGGCGACGUCUAUGAAAAGACUAUUAAAUGACGUUGAAUACGUCGUAGAAGAAUCAAGUAGGGACGAUUCAAAAGAGAUGAUGUCUGAGACUAGGAGGAGUAUAAGUGUCCAAUUAAAAUUAAUUCUGGAGUGCUUAAAGGAGUUUGAUAGUGUGAUACAAACAUUCUCCCGCGGAAGAGUAACGCUAGACGAGAAUGAUAGAAAGAUAAAUUUGUCUUACACUUUAUUACAAAAACUGAUACCAAGAUCUAUAAUUAAACGCAAAUGGAGUAAAGAGAAGGACAACUUUAUAGCUUUAAAUGAUACUUUAAAUCAAACUUAUACCGAUUUGUUAACAAUUAAAAAAGAAUUUGCUAAAGCUAAUAUAGAAACUUCUGUUAUCGAUGACACAGUCAAGAAACUUAGGAUAGGUGCUUCUAAGCUAAUCACUUUAAGGCAUUAUUUAGAGGAACAAGUGAUACACUCUCUUAGGGAUGAUAUUAGACGGAAAACAAACUAUUUUGAGAAAAAAUAUGCAUUAUUUGUAAAGGAGAAGGGUGAUCUUCUAAUGUUGCUUGGUAACGUUAAGGACCUUAUGAUGGAUCUAAAUAACUCUAUUUGGCCAGUAUUUACAAAUUUAAUUAAUGUUUCCAUAGCUUAUUUGAAAUUACCUCAUGCUAGAAAGACGAAUUUGGCUGGACACCUGCUUGGCGAACAGGUCAGCCAUAAACUCCAAGAAUUUCAGGUGCUAUUCAACGAUAUUCGCGCUCGAACGCGUAAUUUCAAUCACGAUUGGCAAAAGUUCACUAACACUUAUGUCGGCGUCUUAGAAAGUAUUGGAACGGAGGAAAUGACCCGACAAUUUUAUAAAACAUUAAAAAAAUAUAAGAAAGACAUUACUAAAUUAAAUAUAACCGAUUGGUGUCCAUACUGCUCUAACUGCUAUAAUGUAACAGAGACGUUAAGCUUCGAUCUACCUUGGCUAGAAGGUAGAAGACAUAUUGAAAUGUAUAUAGAGAAUGAAGUUAAAGCGCAAAUGGAGAAGCUUAGGUCUGAAUCUGAAAUGUCUAAGAUAGUUGGUGAUUUAGACGAACAAUUUUAUCAGGUAUUUUUGCAGUGGCGUCGAAACAUUGAAGAAUUCCAAAAAGGCAACGAAAUAGACGUCAAUUUUAUAAGUAAUAAUUUUAUGGAAGUUGAUAUAUUUAUGAGAGAAUUAUUCUAUGAAAAGGUUGAGCAGCAGAUAGGAUACGAAAUAACAAAUCUAUGGUCCGAUAUUGGUGGUUCAAUGGGACUAUUUAUUGGUGGUUCGGUUCUCACACUUUUUGAGGUGAUUGAUACUAUCUUUCAUCAUAUUUUUAAAUCGUCAAUGUUAAAGAGAAAAGAAAGAAAGCUUAAGAAACAACAAAUGAAGAUGUUGGAUAGAUCUUAA